UUUGCACACAAGGUGUGUGUUUAUGAAUAUGUGUGUGUGUCUGUGCACAUAAGGUGUACGUGUUAGUAAAGGCGCGGCGUGUGUUUAUGAGUGUGCAUUUGUAUGUGUGUUUAUAAGCGUGUGCGCGUCUGAGCCAUCCCUAUAAAGGUUGUUCACAUCCUGUUGCGCGUUUGCACGAGAUGUGUGUGUGCACGCGCUUAUCACGUUAACUGUAAGUGUUCUUUCCCCGAGUUGUGUCACGGAGCAGCAGGAAGCGCCCAUAUUUGGUCACCCGGGUGCACCGGGGGCGUGGCCCGAGUCAUCUUUAACGGCGCGGAACCUCCGCAAAGUCAUUUUCAAGGAAAACAUGCAGGAAGUCGCCAAGCGGGCGGUGCUGGUGUCUGUGGCCAACUUUGAGCCGGGUGUAUCGUUGGGGGCUCGGCACGGAGCCAAGGAGGACACCAGGAGACUUCACCGAGUCCUCAGCAAACUCGACUUCCAGGUGGACAUCCACCAGGACCUCAACAGCCACGAGAUUUACCGGCUCUUCCGAAAAGUGCCAUGUGACCACCUGCACCAAUCAAAUGUGACCACCUGUGUGCUGGGUGCGGACGGCGCCCCCGUGUGGCUGUCGCGGGUGUUCGCCUACUUCGACCGCGCCGACGUGGAGCGCAUGGCCAAAGUGUUCCUCAUCCAGGCGUGUCAUGGUGACGCCACCGUGGAUUCGUGCGGCGAGCGGGAAUCCACGGAUACCGUUGAUUCCCGUCAACGCGGCCGUCAUGUACGCCACCGUCGCAGGUGGCUGGAUUACCAAGCGGUGGGCAAGCGACUCCACGGGACUCGCUUUGUGGCCUUCAAGGUUCCCCUCAAUCAGUCUCUCAACCGACAGCUGAUGCCCUCUCAGACGUUCGGACCGUGGGAACUGCUGGACGCCAUCCGCCGAGACGGCCAAGAACUGGGUCUCGUCGUGGACCUGACCUUCACCACGCGCUACUACCGGCCGCAGGAUCUACCGGUGUCGCUAGGCUACGUCAAGGUCUUGACCAAGGGUCACGUGGUCCCCGCCGACAACGCCAUCUUUGCCUUCAAGCGAGCCGUACGCCGAUUCCUGCGAGACAACGGCGACAACGACAAGCUGAUCGGCGUCCACUGCACGCACGGACUCAACCGGACGGGCUACAUGAUCUGCAGGUACCUGAUCGAUGUGGAUGGGAUGGAUCCCGCGGAGGCCAUCAAAUCGGGUAAAUUGUCCCAACCCGAGAGCCGAACGAACACGUGCGCGUGUUUUCAGUGUUCAACUCGUGUCGCGGUCACGACAUCGAGAGAAGCAACUACAUCGACGACCUUCGCAGCGGACCCAGAAGAAGCAACGAGGGCAUGGACAACGAGUGUCUGCCGCCGUCGACGCAAGGACGAGCCCACCCGAGACGCGCCAACGGUCGCCUGCCUGAAGACGGGCGUUGGAGCGGCGCCUACGGAUCUUUCCCGCCAGGAGCCGAAAGUCGACGCCCACCCGAGUGGCCCGAUUAUGAAGGCCCCCGACAUCACUGGCCCCCGCAUAUCCACCCCUCUAAAUACCCCCCCCAGUAUGAGCACCACCACCCCAACCAACCCCCUCAUAACCGCCCCCAGUAUGAGCGCCCUCAGCGUGGCCAGCCCCCACUUUUGGGCAGCCUUCUUCCCUCACCGCCCACACAGCCCCCUGCCCACCUCUACGGACAGGCGUUGUCCCGUGCCGCCAGCCAGCUGGUUCGGCCCAGAAACGUUCGGCCGCCCCCCUCGCCCGCCCUCACUCGCUACUCCCCCCGUUGGGGCAAUCAGCAAAGGGGUGAGGAUGAGGGGUGGGGCUGAAAUUUCAUGUGGCAUUUUUUAGUCUUCGUAGGAUGGACGACUCGCAAAUACGUUUUAUUGAAUGAGCUUCUUCUUUAGCACCUCCUGGCUGUUUCGCCUUAUUGAGCAAAGAGAAAAUGAGGAGGCUGCCAUACCUCUGCCAAGGCUAACCCGUUAACAGUUUGCUUGCAAGCUAACUCUUUCAAGUUAUUAAAGAUUAAUUGUGUCAUGAAAUGUGUUUUUUUUCCCCCAGGGCUGUCUGAAUGAACGUUAAUAACGCAGGGCCAUGUAAGAAACUGGAACAUGCUGACUUCAAUUGUAUUCCAUAUUCAUUGAAUGUAUUUAUAUAUGUAUUGUUUCAAUAAGCUGCUACUUGGUAUUCGUUCUUAUAACAAUAAAUAUCAAAUAAACACAUUUAGAAGCAGA